UAGCGUUUCACCUUAAGGACUCCAGGGGGCGACAAGCGCAUUCUCGCGUUAGAACGACUUGAUAAACCGUGAGAAGAAGAAGAGCGAAGGCGGAAGAAGAAGCAGACGAAGAAGAAGUCUUUGUGUAUAUACUUGGGAAAGGGUUAUUUAAUAGACAUGGAGAAUCCAUUUUGGCACCUGUCCCUGAAGCUUCACGACCAGCCAAAAUCAGUGUUGCCGUUCCCCGAGGACGUCAGCCCUGGAAGCUACAUGGUGGCCACCAUAAAACAGCUGGUCUCAGCUCAGUUACCUGAUUCACUGCCAGAUCCGGAGCUCAUAGAGCUGGUGCACUGUGGGUGUAAACUAAAGGACGAAUUGACAUUAGAUUCCUAUGGGAUUAAAUCUGGAUCCACAUUGCACAUCCUAAAGAAAGUGUGGCCUGAACCUGCGGUCAAACCUGAGCCAGUAAACAGAAGUGCUGCAGCGAGAGAGUUUAGACUUCUCCAGGCCACCAUGCUCUCCAAUGUUGCAUAUAGAGAUGCGGUUUUUAAGAUGCUGAGCAAUAAGGAGUCUCUGGAUCAGAUCAUAGUGGCUUCCCCUGGACUCAGCUCAGACCCUGUCGCAUUAGGUGUAUUACAAGAUAAGGACCUGUUUGUGCAGUUCACAGAUCCCAAUCAGCUUGAUGUGUUGGUUCGUUCUCAUCCGGCGCUGGUUAAUGCCAUCAUUCUGAUCCUUCACUCGGUGACGAGCAGCAUGCCCGGCCAAUCAAAUGCAAGCUCCUCCCACAACGCCCCUGCCAGUUCCUACAGCGAAAUGCCAGGAGGAUUCCUGUUCGAGGGCAUGUCUGACGAUGAAGAUGAUUUCCAAUCCGGAAAUCGUGCAGGCUCGUCCCAGCGCCCGAGACCUCCAACCAAUCUGAGCAGCAGCGGAGCUACCGGGCCUCGACCCAUCACUCAGAGCGAGCUAGCAACAGCUCUAGCGCUCGCUAAUACACCGGAUAGCAGUGCAGUUACACCCGUUCUGGGAAGCCAAGACAUGUCCACUGGUAGCUCUUCAGCUGCAGCAGGGACUCCUGUCACUAGCAGUGUGCUGACUCGAGCACUACAGCAGGCUCUAGAGGCUUCCGGAGUGACCCCUCUGCAGAGCCGAUGGCAGACGCAGAUGCAGCAGCUGAGAGAUAUGGGCAUCAGAAACGAGGACCUGGCAUUGCGAGCCCUCCAGGCUACAGACGGAGACCUUCAAGCGGCACUCGAACUCAUUUUUGCUGGAGGAGGAGGACUCUGAGGCCUGAAAUAUUUCAAUAUUGUAUCUAAACACAGUAUUUUAUAGAAUUGUUUUUUGGAAAUUAGUAAUCAGUGCUAAAUAAAUAAUAGAACAAAAGUUUGGUAA